AUGGUGGUUGAGGUUUUGGAGGUUCUCAUAGACCUCCUUGCGACCCGUUCAGACUUUGAAGCCCUGACAGCCAUCGGCUACACGACAUCAGCAGGAUUUCGUUUCCAGAUGCGCACGAUGCUGAGCGAUGAGGAGAUGGAAGAUAUAUACGAGGACACAGACUUCUAUGUUGAAGAAGGUGACGACUUUGUCGACGAUGAAACAGGUAAAGCGAUCUACACCCGCGAAACUCAACCCCAGAUCUUGAAGUGGCGACCAAAACUCUGGCACAUGCCAAAUCGCCAGGAGCUUUUGUCAAUCGAGUCUUUUCUACCCGGUCCCUGUCCAAAGGCUAGAAUCUCCUCAUCUGGAUGCGAAGUGGACAUCUGGCAAACCGAUCUCAUUCCGAACAGCGAUUCUGAGGACUGGAUACAUCAUGCGAUAUGGUGGUCAAUCUUCAGGUGGAUGCAGGAGGUCAAAAACCUCCAUGCGAAAGGCAUGCCGGAUGGAUCGUUCUCCCUGGUCUUACAUGGUCCCUCGGCUGAUGCCAGUCAAAAUCUGGCUGACACGAUCAUCAAAGUGGCAGCAUGGCAGGACGCGAAUGCAGAGUAUUUUCGGCGACAUCAAGCGGAAUUCCACCCCUACCGUAAUGGCGUUAUCAGUGGGUUUCCAGAAAUUGUCAAAGAAGUCUUGCAGGGAACAAUUCCUGUCUCUCUAGAGUCCGAGAUCAGUCAUGAGAUAUGGGAUACUGCGAAAAUCCUGAGAGAGCAUGAAGGUCCUUGGCCAACAGAUUUCGCAGAGGCGGUACCAGAGCAUCCCUUCAACGAGCCUGCGGGAGGCUGGGAAGCUGCGAGAAACGAACACCGCAUUGAGGUCGACUAUUUGGAACGGUUUGAAGGUCGCGCAUUUGCUACUAUCUUGGGCCAGCAUAAGUCUCUCUUCUUUCGCCUACCACGAGAACUCCGCGACAAGAUAUACAUCUACUGUGUUUCGGAGGACCAUGGCUAUCUCCACGAUUCUUCAACCGGAAAGCUCCGCCUGCACGACGGAAGGCCCAUAGACAACGCGCUCAUGUUCACGUGCAAGCGCGUCACUCGAGAGACACAGGGUCUUGCACUGCGCACUAACACGAUCACAUUCCGGACCCAAGUUAGCUUGCCUGAAGCUAUUGACAUGCCGUCAGAUGCUGCAUUGUUUGAGUAUCUUCGCAAGAAGCGGAUUGAUGCUCUUGGAGAAAUGCUCUGCUUCGCGCAUUCUCUGGUCACUUCAAGCGUCCUGCAAUCGCUCCGUGAGAAGUGGCCAAAUAGCAAGGCCGUGGCAGGUCUGAUGGCAAGCAUCGAACGAUAUGGCACACAGAUUAUGGGCAGGGAUACACUGAGCCUCUACCUUUAUGAUAUGCAUUGUGAUAAUGCCGAGCAAGAAGACAUCCUAGACGAUAUUAUCGAACUAAUCCGAAGUCAUGCCGACUUUGACGCACUGACUUCUAUCGGAUACACAAAAUCGAAGUGGUAUCGAUGGCAACUACGCCAUUGCGUUACCGACGAGCAUAUGAAACACUUAUGGGAAGGAAAAAAUUUCGAUGAGAGUGCUGGUGACUUCUUCAUCGAUGAACUUACGGGUUCACCAUGGUACACCGAAGCCACUCGGCGCAGCAUUCUUGACUGGAAGCCUGAACGUUGGCAAAUACCCACAAGAGAAGAACUGAGAAAGACUGGAAAAAUCUUGGUGGGCUGGCCGAAAGCCUCCAUCUGGUACGAGAAUGUGCCCGGUCGCCUGUCACUGUGCGGUUCCUUCAACAACUCCCACUUGACAUUCGUGUCCACAUUCGUCAAAUCGUUAUUGAGGAAGACAAUCCGGCAGUGA